CACCAUCACAAAGCGUCAGUGACUUUCUCCAACAUCUCAUCUUCCUGAAAAGAUGGCUCUCAACGUCAAUGUUGAUAUCCCCUUCCACCUGAGAGAUUGUUUCAAUAGAAGCCAUGGACAGAUUGCAAAUAAUGCGACGCUGGUAGGCGAAGCAGGGAGGGUGCUAACAUCGAAUAAUCGACCCUCCAGGCGCAAUUCGGGAACUGAGUCCUGCGAUCAGGACACUGAUGCUGUUCUAGUACAGCCCCUUGCCGAGGGACUUCCAGCCGGAAAUGCCACCCUCGAGAACAUGAACAGGACUCUUUGCGGCAUUGCGGAAAGCAUCGAGUUGAUGUGGUAUGCAAUUAGGGCUCGUCAGCAAUUCGAUGACCGGCCACGCAACGAUGACCGGCUACGGAACGAUGACCGGCUACGGAAUUUCCCUGGCAUCUAUCACCUUCAUGACGUCCAAUUUGGGGAUCUUCCAAGAUGGGCUGGACGGGAGAGGGAAAACCGAGAUUACAGACCCGGAGUCGACCUUCAUCGCGGUCGCUCCCCCCCUCGGGCCUUCGGAUACAGUCCGGAAAGGCCGAACAGGAAUCCCGUUAGAUCACCCGAGUUCAAUGCUGCCCGUCCUGACACAACGCCAGCUGGAGAUGCCGGACAGAGGAUAUGGUAAUGAGCAAAUGAUGCAGUUUGGUCAAAUGACCAGCGCGCGUCUUCCUUUGGCCUACUGGCCGCGCUUAUGUUUUUUAACCUCGACAUGCAGAGGGAGUGUCUAGAUAGCAGAUUACCUAGGUAGUAACCUGAAUGCAAAC